AGGGACUCGAACCGGGCACCUCUUGCGCCUAGACUUCUCGCAAGAACGCACUACCUAAUGUCUUGUGGAGUCCACCUAAUAAGAACAAUUUCUUCCGAGAACAUUGCUCGAGAUCUUUCGUCUCUGGUAGAGAUAACUUGGUCCCUUCCGAUUCGCUCUGUAAGUUCUCUGCUGCUCCAACACUUAUUGCUCCUCUCCGGAUCUCCGAUGAAGUACCACUUCCUCGCGCUAGCGCUGGCAGCUCUCGCCUGGAUAAUUCCCAGCUCCAGGUGCCAGAGCGAGCAGCAGACGAGCUUCGAGUUCUAUAUGCACGAUAACAUCUUCGUCUCCAACCCCUCUGGAAUCCCGGUAGCCGGAGCAAACGGCAGCACCACAACCUUCGCCUUUGGCACCGUCAUUAUCAUCGACGACGCCCUCACUCUCGGCCCCUCCCCGACUUCCACAUCCUUGGGCCGAGCUCAAGGAACUUACUUGGUCACCUCCCUCGACGCCUCCACCAUUCUUCUCACUUUCACCGCCGUCUUCUCUGACCGGAAUGGUACUCUGAGCUUCCAUGGAUCGGACAAGAUAACGGACCCAACUCGAGAGAUCGCCAUCGUCGGAGGCACCGGCAUCUACAGGUUUGCUCAAGGCUUCGCUGUUAUCACCACUACCUCCAGCGUCAACUUCUCGGCAGUCCUCCACUUCAACGUAACUUUCCAGCACUCGGACGAGAUCAGGAGUGGCUCCUCGACAUCACCCGGCGGCUCUUCGUCCUCCCCCGGUGGCUCUUCGCCGUCUGGCUCCUCCGCUGCUUUGUCGUCGCUGAGUUUCUCGUCGUUCUUUGGUGUUCUUGCCAUUGCUGGACUGAUUCAUCGUCGUCUCGCUUGUUAGUUGCUGUUGCUUCGGUCAGUUUCGUUUUCGCUUGGCAAUAAACUCGUGUUCCUGUA